GGCGNCGGGACGGGCAGAGCCGGCCCGGCGCGGGCGGGCGCAGAAUGUCAGCAGCUUUUUAUUGAUGAAAAACUGCUUGUUAUCACCAAUCUGCACAUGAAAUGGAAGGGGAAGAGAUUCUGAAAAACAACUUCUGUUUCAGCCUUACAAGAUGCUGCAUGAAGAGGAGAUUGGAACAUUCUGCUGCUUACAUAUUCAAGGCUCUUCUUAUCCAGUGAAGUUUUCUAAAAAUAUCUAUCGCAAUCACGAGUUUUACAUGAGCUGUUUUCAGCCCCAGCAUUCCCAAAAUGACCUAGAGUAAAAAGAAGUUUAAGUGACUGCUCUGCUUGAUCAAAAUGGUGGACACUGAAAACCAGCUCUAUCCCCUUACUCCCUUGGAGGAGGAGGAUAUAGACAGCCCAUUAUCUGGAGAGUUCCUACAAGAUAUGGAGAACAUUCAAGACCUGUCCCAGUCUCUAGGAGAUGAUAGUUCUGGAGCUUUAAGUUUAACAGAAUUCCAGUCACUGGGAAAUGGUCCAGGAUCUGAUGGAUCAGUUAUAACAGACACCCUUUCACCAGCAUCCAGUCCUUCAUCCAUUAAUUUUGCCUCAGCUCCAGGUAGCAUAGAUGAAUCACCCAGUGGAGCAUUAAACAUUGAAUGUAGAAUUUGUGGGGAUAAAGCCUCAGGCUACCAUUACGGAGUACAUGCUUGUGAAGGUUGUAAGGGCUUUUUUAGAAGAACAAUUCGUUUAAAACUCAUCUAUGAUAAAUGUGAUCGCAACUGCAAAAUUCAGAAAAAAAAUCGUAAUAAGUGCCAAUACUGUCGUUUUCAAAAGUGCCUUUCAGUUGGAAUGUCACAUAAUGCAAUACGUUUUGGACGAAUGCCGAGGUCUGAGAAGGCCAAACUCAAAGCAGAAAUUCUAACAGGUGAAAAUUACGUAGAAGAUUCAGAAAUGGCAGAUCUUAAAUCACUUGCCAAAAGAAUUCAUGAUGCCUACCUGAAAAACUUCAAUAUGAACAAGGUUAAAGCCAGAAUCAUCCUUGCAGGGAAAACCAAUAACAAUCCACCAUUUGUCAUACAUGAUAUGGAUACCUUAUGUAUGGCAGAGAAGACCCUGGUAGCAAAACUGGUAGCCAAUGGGAUUCAGAACAAGGAAGCAGAAGUUCGAAUCUUCCACUGCUGCCAGUGCACAUCUGUGGAGACUGUCACAGAACUCACGGAAUUUGCCAAAUCCAUCCCUGGCUUCUCCAACCUGGACUUGAACGAUCAGGUGACACUACUGAAGUACGGGGUGUAUGAAGCCAUAUUUGCCAUGUUGGCCUCUGUGAUGAACAAAGACGGGAUGCUGGUGGCCUACGGGAAUGGAUUUAUAACCCGGGAGUUCCUGAAAAGCCUGAGAAAGCCAUUCUGUGAUAUAAUGGAGCCAAAAUUUGAUUUUGCAAUGAAAUUCAAUGCACUGGAUUUGGAUGAUAGUGAUAUAUCCCUUUUUGUUGCUGCCAUUAUUUGCUGUGGAGAUCGUCCUGGUCUUGUAAAUGUAGGACACAUUGAAAAAAUGCAGGAGAGCAUUGUGCAUGUACUGAAACUUCACUUGCAAAACAACCAUCCCGAUGACAUCUUCCUCUUCCCAAAACUUCUCCAAAAAAUGGCUGACCUCCGACAGCUGGUCACAGAGCAUGCUCAGCUUGUUCAGAUAAUCAAGAAGACUGAAUCUGAUGCACAUUUACACCCUUUACUACAGGAAAUCUACAGGGAUAUGUAUUAAGGACUUCUAGUAUUUUUUCCACAAUAUUUAAAGACAGAGAAAUACAGAUGGGAGCAAAACUACUCGUACAGUUACAUGCUGUUCACUCAGCCCAAAGCAGGAAAAAUCAAAAAACUGGGGAACUGAGUGCUACAUUUUGGUUUGGGAUCUUUUGUCCUCUUUUGAAAAAGUGCGGCAGAAAAAUACUGGUCAGAGUGCUCAAUGAAGUGUCUUACAAUGGUUCUUUUAUUUGGAAAUUUGAAAAGAUUGGUAAGGAAUACAUAUUUGUAUAAUAAAUCAGAAUGUUAAGUAACAGAAACAAACAAAAUUGAAUUUCCUCUUGGCUUAGUCAUUUUAGUAUUAAUGUAACAAACUCAGCACCUUCCUUCCAGGUAUCUGCACAAUCAGAAAGAAAAUGCACUUUUGCCUAGUGGUAAUUACUGAGAACCAGGUAACACUUUUUCUUAGAGUAUUCAGUCUAGGUGUAGCAAAUGGCUGGAUAUUACUGUCCAUACACUUCUAAAAAUUUGGAAAGAUCUUUGAUCCAUUGCUGCUUUAAUUCCAUGAAAUGAUGUACAGCUUCAUCUAGUGUUAUGUUGGCAUAUUUAGGGUUAGCAUGUUUAAAAGACGGUUCUCUUAUGAAAUUAAAAUCCAAAGAGUUAUUUAAAAUACAGCAGAGAUGCUCCAACAGGUGUGUCUUGAAGAGUAAACAUGAUAAACUGAUGGGACCUUUUUGUUUCAAAAGUCUUUCAAGGAAAUGUGAAAAUAUACCCUGUAUUUUUGUAGAACUUAUAAUAGCUCAGGAUGCAGUUUUGACAUAAAAAUACUAUUUUGAAUUAGCAAGAGUUUUGGAGAGACUGAAAAAUCUGAUCCUACCCCAGGAAAAAAAAAAAAAUUUUAACUUUCUAGCAGUGAUAGCUAGAUCACUGCUAGAAAGAUCCAAAGGAAUGAUUGGAUAGGAAAGGCACCGGCCUCCUUUAAGUGUCUUGGCAGUAUAGUUGUUUGGACCUGUUUACUUUUCUGAUGAAUACACUGCUUCAUUUUUUACCCACUUGGAUAUUUUUCUAUUCCUUCUUUGGCCUCAUUGAUAGAAGUAUUUGGUACUUGUUUUCACCAGAUUUUGUCCUUGUGAAUAAGGCGACAGAAAUACCAUGAACAGUGUUUGUAGGUGUCAGACUGUGUCAUAGUAUGAAAGGCAGCACAGCUGAGAGUAAGUUUAUUGUGUUCCUAGGAGUAAACUGAUUUUUGCAAUAGCACUUGCUGUACUCCUGGUGCAAAAUAAGCCAAAAGGUAAUGGCUUCCUGACUUUGCCAUUUCAUGGGCUCUUUCCUCAGAGAGCUGCCCAGAAGUCCCAGCUGCAUGCAAGGCACUCUGCUGUUUCUCUUUCGUUUCUUUGAUACAGUAACUUCACAUUAUUACCUGCUAAUUUUACUUUCUGUUUCACAAAAACGAGGUCUCAGGAGCAACUCCAGUAUUUUCACUACAGUUAAGCUUUCAGUGGCACAGGAGGAGACUUUGUACUUGUUUUAUUUUUUGCAGCACAUUUGAAGACACCAGUAUCUUCACUGCAAGGACUGAGUGAUGAAGUGAGAACAUCACACUGUCAUUCCUAUUUUAGUGGCAAUGCUUGUUUCUGUCCAGGCCCACUGACACAGCUGGACACUGGAAAAAUUAAAGGUUUAAAGACAGCUUGGGAUUUAUCUGGACAAUGAUUGUGGCAGAAGUUAUAGAUAAAUAUAGAUAUAUUUAGUGUAAAAUAUUGAAGCCCCAAAACGGGCCCCAGAUUUGGUGAGCAUCUAGGGCAGGAUAGAAACAGUAACUGCAUGUGCACAAAACUUUCUCCCCUUCCCUGUUGUCAGCAGGAAGAACAGGCCUCAAAAACUGAAAGAGGAAUGUUGGUCUUGCCAGGAACCCUCAGAUGAGAAUGGGCUGCCUUUUGUGUCCAAGAGCAGUACACAGUGUGCCCUCAGAAACAAAGAGAGGAUUUUAGGAAUGCUGCUGCUUUAUUCUCCCAGCCAACCCUGUUUCACUGAGGAGCUGUGGGGUUUAGGCCAUGGAAAUAAUUGAUCUGCAACAUUGCUGAUGCAAAAAGUUGUCAAAAUAUCAGCCAUUCUGGGAAGGUGUUCUGAAACUGUAGGAGCCAACUGCUAGUUUAUCUUCUGAAAAACAUGGAUAACUUGAAUUAUUCUCCCCCAAAAGCACAGAUUUUUGCAGAGGGCAAAUUUCAAAGUUGUAUUCCAUAGUCUAGGUGUACUGUAGGUUCUCAGGAAAAUCAGAUACAGUGUGCCUAACUAUUUUUCCAGCUCUUGUUCUCAAAAGUGGCUAAAAUACUUCAGUAAUACUUAAAAACAUGGAAAAUUAAUAAUAAAUACUUAAAUUCUUAGCUAAGCUAUAAAGAAUUGCAAAUAGAGUAACUCAGUGAAAGACAUAACAUUUAGUUGUUUUAGCAGCUAUUUGUAACAAGGUCCUGUUACUAGCAUGAGAAAAGUGCAUAAUUUUUUUUGUUAUUUGAAAACCAGCAAGAAAUUUUUGACUACUUCCUUGGACAUUAAAAGUUUGAUUUCUGAUUUAAAUUAAAUUGCAGACCCUUAAUGAGAAAAAAAAACCAAAAAAACCCCCAAAGAACACAUCUCUGAAUUACCGAAAUAUGAACAAGAUGUUAACACAGCCUAAAAUUCUGGAUGGAUUCCACUGCCCACACUGCUGCCCCUUGCACAUUCCCACAGUUACUUCAAAGAGUGGCACAGGGCAGAAAAUUCCCUUCCCAGAGAAGUAAUGGCAAAAGAACUUCUCAUUUCUACAUUACGCUUUAAAGGAAUUAUAUUUGCUCCUUCAGGAGGUGACUCCAGCAGGUUUUGGCCAAGGAGAUUUUAAGGUUACUCAGUUUAUGUCCUUUUUUUUUUUAAUUUGUAAUCCAAACUAGUCUCAUACCUAUUUCUGAUUUAUUACUUCAUUAUUUCCCCUAUGUGCAGAUAAACUAAUACUUUAAAGUACUCCAUCUAUGGAGGGAAGUAAAGUGAUCAUAUUUUAGGAUUAAAAUGGUAUUGAAGAUUUACUGGCUCAUCAGGUACAGUCUGGAUCUGAUUCUUACCAACAUAAUUCAUUUUACUAUCAUAGCAUGGAAGAACUCUGGUUAGCAACCAGGCCCCACAAACAGCUUAAGGCAACAGAUAGGAGAUGGAUAGAGAAAUAUCCUGAGAAACAAUGGUGUGACUUAAGUUUUCAGAAAAUCUACAUAUUACUCAUUUUUGAUCAUUGUUUGAGGGGAAAAUAUUUAUUUAUCUGGUGCCCUAGGUACUUUUUGUCGAAGGGGAAUGGGGGAAGAAAAGGAUGUUUUUGUGCCAUGUAUUAGGGAAAUCUAUUCAUUCUUCUCUCCUUAAAUAUUUCCUUUAAAGCUGCUGUUUAAAAGAAGUUAAUUACUUUGUACCUUUCAACAUUUCUGAUCCCACUUUUGCUUUAAACACAAACUGACACCUGAAAGUUUCCACUUAUAGAAGCUGCAUCUUUCAUCACAUUUAAAGAAACCAUGUUUUGCAUUAAUUUCCAUUUCCAUGUGCCUUUGUGCUUUGGUUCCAGCAGCUGCUGCAGUGCUGCCAGAGAGCAGUUUGCAUUAUUCCUGCCCCACGCAGAUCUCGGAAAUACCAGCAGUUGCACUAAGCUCAUUCUCAUGAGAGAGAGUUGGCACAAGGCUGUACAUCAAAGAGCUUAUAAUAAGCAUCUAAACAUUUGUUUGUUUAUUCAAACUGCUGAAACUUGGGUAGAUUUAUUCAUCACGAGAGCUGGGUCACAUACGAUUGAGUUUGAAUUUCCUCCUUAUUUCUAAUAGAAAGCCUGGACAAACUUAGGCCCCAUCUGAGGCAGAAUAACUUGGGGAUAUCAUGCUGUGUCUGCAGAGGAACAGUUUCAGUCUCUCCUGAAAAGCUUCCUGUGACUUAGCUGAAAAUCUGCAACUGCAUUUGACAAAUGCAUUUGCAGCUGUUAUGGUACUGUUUAAGCAUAAGGUCUUACAAAUAAUGGUCCCUCUCAGAAACCUCUCGUCCUUUAGGAGGUGUUGGAAUGUAAGGUGGAGCAUGGUUUCUGUGCUUGCUUAUGUCCCAAGUGCUUUCCUGAUAAUCAGUUGCAUAUAAUUUUUGUAUUUAGGUUUAAUCAGCUUUAUUAUCCUUCUUUUACUGGAGAUUUAAACUAUAUGUGGGUUUGAUCUAAGAUUAUUGAUAUUGUUAUGUGUUGUGGGAUUUUUUUAAUUUCAGGUAAUACCAUUUCUUCAUGGUUCAAUUUAUAAAAUACAAGAAUAUAAUUGCAAGGUAUAAACUUUUAAGUUUAUAUCACUAAAUUAAUUACAGAGGUAAAUUAAUUACAGAGGUGCUUAAAGAAAAAUGUGUAAAUUAUUUAAUUUAAAUAUUUGUUACAUACUUCAUCUUGUGAACCCUUUGUACAGUGAGGAAGUAUUUACUUUUAUGGGCUAAGGAUGAAGGGGCUGAUGUCAAAGACAAAUAGCUAUUUAUUCAUGUCUGGUCUUUAUUGCUGUAUCAUUUGUGAAGAACUAUCACAAAUUCUUCAAAGUUAUCAGUGCUUGAUGUUGAUGAUUAUAACAAAAAUUCAAAAUAUAUUUUCACAUAGAACACAGACUUCCUUUUAUUUAAUUUUAAUAAAAGCAAGUCUUGUUGAGGAAUAGCUGCAAUCCCAAAAUCAAGUUUUUAAUUCAAGUUCACCAGUAGGAAAAAUGGUGUGCACAACUGAGUUAAUCUUUCUUUUGCAGCAUGGUAGCUCCUUUUCUUUUGAAAAGAGCUAAAAAGAAGCUGCAUUUGGUUGGUGCACCAGUUUCUGAGGAACUGACUUGUGGCUCACUGGGAAUAACAAAGUGUACUCUGGAUUAUUCCCUGUCACCUGCCCUGAGGGCAACCUGCUGCUUUUAUAGAUGUAUUUCAACAAUGAUUUGGCAGCGCAAAACAAAAUGUUGAAAUUGGAUUAUUGGCUUCUGUACAGGAGGGUUCCUGUGGGAUUUUAAACAGAAUUCAGAGUCUGUUUAGAGGGAUUGUGUCUGGUGCAUGUAGGUGCGACAGUCUGUGCCUACAGCAUCCUGCUAAGGAAAUCUGAUAUAGGGACAAAGGUAUCUAUCUUCUAUUUUGCUGUGUGAAUCACCAAACACAGUAGCUAUCACAAGCACAAUCUAUUACAAAUGUUCUAGCUAUCAUUUGUAGUUACUGCUUUUCAUUUGUAACAUGUAACAUUUUAUUUCCUCAAAUUGCUGCAGCUUGGCAUUUUCACUUCAUCAGUGUCACCACACAGGUAUGUUGCCUCCUAAGGUGUUUGUGUCAUUUUGCAAAAGCUCUGCUGGACUUCCCUGUGCUAACCUGAGGCGACUUCCUUUACAUUGUCACUUCACAUGACACAAACCAUCCGUGUAACUGAGCCCAUCCUAAAGAAGGCUGUUUCCUCCUUUUUUCUAUUGUGCUCACAGGUUUUUAAAAUCUUUUUCUGCUUCUGAAGCUGGAGUGGUUUUUAUCUUGAGCUCCUUUAUUGCAUCAGUCAAUCUUGUCAGAUUCCAUUGCUGUGGAUGUUUUGAAACAGAAUUCCUGUUGCAAGGACCUCAAUUUCAGAUGAGCUGCCUCUGCCAGGGGAUAGGCAACAUGCACAAGAGACUGAUCUGAUUACAGGCUGGACCUUAAAUAAGGACUGCAAGAUCAAGCAUAAGGUAUUUAAAAUAGUUUCACUACUUGAAGUACUAGUAGUAUUUUGGUGUAUUUUCUCAGGUUGGAUAUGCAGGUAAUCCCUGUCAUGGUAAAGACACCAGCCUUCUGCUCAAAGCCAGGAGUUUCAUGGCAUUCUUUCCACUUGAAAGAAAAAAGAUUGGCAGGAUCUUCUCUUGGGGAAGUCCUGAGCCACUGAAAUCCCAGCAGCACACCAGUCCUGGGUUGUACUGUGGGUGUGUAGGAGUGCAGCGUCACCAGGCAGCCUGUGUGGGAUGUGCUGCAGAGCUGGGAGCAGGUCACCACCCCACAAACACCACACCCCAGCCCAUCCAGGGGCUCACAUGGCUCAUCCCCACACACACAGCAGCUCUCUCCAUGCAGUCACAGUACCUUGGGCCUUUGGCAGAGGAGGAAUGUGCAUGGUUUAGUUACAGCUGAGUAAUAACGAGUCUAACCAACAUUUCAGUGCUAUCGAUGUGCUCCAGACCCUCCUCUGAGUGGCUGGACAAAGUCUGGUUUAGCAGCUUCUCGGGGGAGCUGCCUCCUGUGCAGCUCCUGCUGUUUCACAGCUCUUACAAACAGUUGCUCAGAAUUUUCUCUAGGAAUGCAGCACCACAGCUUAAGUGACCUGGGAUGUUGAAGGCCCCCCUUAUGUCUUAAAUGGUCUGUUAUCUGGUAGGACACAAAAAAAACCACAGUGGUGUUAAUGUUGCCAAACCCUAAUCAAUAGAGCUAAUAAAUGUUUCAUUAAAUCAAGAUAUCAAUAUUAAAGAGAAAACAAAACAGCUUAUUGUUUCCAGGCAUCUGUUUUUAAGAGGUUUUGGGUACAUUUUACUACAGUAAAUAGAGAAUGUAGAACGAGCAGACAUUUCUUUCAAGGAGUAGUCAAACCUAAUUCUCAUGGAAUGCUUGUUUCCCAGUAAAAACCACUAAUUCAAGCCAAGUUCCCAAGUGUUUUUCUGUUAGAACAAUGCAAAUGACACUUUCAAGGACAAAUGGAUGCCCUGGUCUUGCAGGGAUUUUUAGGAAAGACAACAUAUCUUGCACUUGUGAAUGUUUUAAGUCACACAUAGCUAUAUACAACGAUGCAUUCUCAAGCGUUACCAGCCUACUGAUCUAGGAUGAAAAAACUUGAACUAAAUAUUUUUUUUUCUUUUUUACAUUCUGAUUUUCUUCUGUCUUCUUUAAAAAUAAAAGGUUGAAUUCACAGUGUUUGUAUAAAGACUGGUAGGAAGCUAUGUGCUUUAAUCCUUUCAGACUGAAUGUAAACCAACUUAAUUUGAAACAGUUUUGCCUUAAUGGUUUUAAAAAAAUAAAGUAUUUUUAAAAGUGAA